AUGGGGACCCUGCCGUCCACCUCCGGACGUCCCUCGCUGGAGGACAGCCCCUCGGGCUCCCGGGCACCCUGCUCCCACCCUCCUGACCCUGAGCGGUUUCUGUCUGGACCCAGACUGACCACGUCCCUGAGCGACGCGGCGCGCGUCAGCGCUGCCUUCCCCGGGGACGGUGCCCGCGUGUGGGCUGCACCCCGCCCCACCACAUGGCUGCAUGCUCAGUUUGCUCCUGCACCCCGGCUCCUCGGCCGUGCUCAGGGCCGGCCGGCCUGCGCCCUCCGGCGGCCUCGGCCCGGUGCUGUUGUCAUCUGGCCACACAAGCGGCAGACUCGCGCUCGGCCUCCGUUCCUCGCCACGCAUUUCGCGGUGAGGCGUCCAGCGCAGGUGAGGCGUCCAGCGCAGGUGAGGCGUCCAGCCCAGGCGAGGCGUCCAGCGCAGGCGAGGCGUCCAGCGCAGGUGAGGCGUCCAGCGCAGGUGAGGCGUCCAGUACAGGUGAGGCGUCCAGCUCGGGUGAGGUGUCCAGCCCUGGGUGAGGCGUCCAGCUCGGGUGAGGCGUCCAGCUCAGGGAGGCGUCCAGCUCAGGUGAGGCGUCCAGCGCAGGUGAGGCGUCCAGCGCAGGUGAGGCAUCCAGCACAGGUGAGGAGUCCAGCUCAGGUGAGGCGUCCAGCUCAGGUUAGGCAUCCAGCUCGGGUGAGGCGUCCAGCACAGGUGAGGCGUCCAGCGCAGGUGAGGCAUCCAGCUCAGGUGAGGCGUCCAGUACAGGUGAGGCGUCCAGCUCGGGUGAGGCGUCCAGCCCUGGGUGAGGUGUCCAGCUCAGGUGAGGCGUCCAGCUCAGGUGAGGCGUCCAGCGCAGGUGAGGCGUCCAGCACAGGUGAGGCGUCCAGCUCAGGUGAGGCGUCCAGCGCAGCGCAGGUGAGGCGUCCAGCGCAGGUGAGGCGUCCAGCCCAGGCGAGGCGUCCAGCGCAGGCGAGGCGUCCAGCGGGUUGA